GUAGGAAGCAGCUCAGAUUAGCCGCUAGCGGCACACGGGAUGUAUUUUUAGUUUCUAAACGUCAGACGCCUCUCAGGAGUCGUUCUGUGCGAAUAUCGAGCAGUGAAUCUUUGAACCCGACUACGAAAUAACAUCAACAGACUACAGGAACAAAAACAUCAGCUAUUUAGUGCUGUUUGUGCAUAAUAUUUGUUUAAUAGUGUGGCUAAUUAGCUAGCCGCAGUGGUCUGUAUUUGCUGUGUUCAUUAUGGCUUACAGACGGACUGUGAAACUUCUCUGUGGUCUGGCCGGAGGAUCAGCGGUGGUUAUUGCUGCCGCUGCUGCUGCAGACUCACACGGGUAUUUUGGAGGAGGACAACCGGGAGAUGGGACGAGUCGCUGGUCGAGAUUUACCGUGAUUAAAGCUGCGCAGCCGGCGUGGACCCCUGUAAGCCACACGCCUGCUUCCUCCGGACACGCCUGGGAUUUUAACUGGGAUAAGAGAGACCCAUCUGCACUGGUAAAUGGGAGAAAGAAAGAGAGUGUGACAGAAUACCCCAGCUCUGAGCAGGAAAAUGGCAAACCCAAAGCUACACGCAAUAUCCUCCUCAUCAGGCACUCCCAAUACAACUUGAGUGGUAUCACCGACAAGGAGAGGUUUCUCACUCCUUUAGGUCGCGAACAGGCUGAGCUAACAGGGCAGCGAUUGGCAGCACUAGGACUGAAAUAUGAUCUUCUAAUUCACUCAAGUAUGACCAGAGCAACUGAGACAGCUAACAUAAUUAGCAAACAUCUCCCAGGAGUGGACUUGGUAAGCUGUGAUUUAUUAAGAGAGGGAGCACCUAUUGAGCCAGUUCCCCCUGUCACACACUGGAAACCUGAUGCUGUGCAGUACCAUGAAGAUGGAGCUCGCAUUGAGGCUGCCUUUCGCCGCUACAUCCACCGCGCUGACCCCAAGCAGAAAGAGGACAGCUAUGAGAUCAUUGUGUGUCAUGCCAAUGUCAUCCGCUAUUUUGUGUGCAGGGCACUUCAGUUUCCUCCUGAGGGCUGGCUGAGGAUGGGCCUGAACAAUGGCAGUAUAACAUGGCUGACUAUUCGUCCCAGCGGAAGAGUGGCCCUGCGGACUCUAGGAGACUCAGGGUUUAUGCCGCCGGACAAACUUACUCGGACCUAAUUUUUUAAUGAAAAUUUCCUCCUUAAGUGUCUUGAAAAUGUUUUAUUUUGUAAUUUAAAACAACCAUCAUGUCUUCACUCCUGUGGUGUGGUGGUCGACGUGUGCCAUAUGCCAGCAAUGUUCAAAAAAGCUGUCCUCUUGAAUGUAAAGUUUUUACAGAUUUUUUAAGAGAACCAAAACAUGUGGUAUUGCAAAAACAAACUUUGGUUUACACAAGUUGUGACAAAAUUGUUUACUUAUUGUGUAUUAAAAUAAACAUUGUUGAAUUUUUGUAUUAAAACAACACACGCAUCAGAGUAAAGUAGGAGUGAUGUUUUAUUAAUCAGUUGAAAGAAAAUGAUGUCCAGACGUACAGAAAGAAUACACCAUGAAUUACCCUUUAAUAAAGCACAAAAUGAGAAAAGCACAAGAA